GAGGCGCUUCGCACCAAAGAAAUCUCUGCCCCAAAACUAAAAUCCGUUGGAGAUUUGGAAUCUCGGAAACAUUGGGAACUUUUUCGGUGUGAUUUUCUACAUUUUUUGAAUCCGAAAACACUCAAAAAAUGGGGAAAUUACUCUCAAAAAUAUUUGGCAAUCGGGAAAUGCGGAUUUUAAUGUUGGGAUUGGACGCUGCGGGGAAGACAACAAUUUUAUACAAAUUAAAACUCGGCCAAUCAGUAACAACAAUUCCCACGGUGGGGUUCAAUGUGGAAACGGUGACAUAUAAAAAGGUCAAAUUCAACGUUUGGGACGUCGGCGGCCAGGAUAAGAUCCGCCCCCUCUGGCGUCACUACUAUACAGGGACGCAUGGUCUGAUUUUCGUAGUUGAUUGCGCCGACCGCGACCGAAUUGACGAGGCGAGGAUGGAGCUACACAGGAUUAUCAACGAUAGAGAGAUGAGAGAUGCGAUCAUUCUUAUCUUUGCCAACAAACAGGACCUUCCUGAUGCCAUGAAACCACACGAGAUUCAAGAAAAAUUGGGUCUAACGCGGAUAAGUGAUAGGAGUUGGUACGUGCAGCCGGCAUGCGCGAGUACAGGGGACGGUUUGUACGAAGGGCUCACCUGGUUGACGAUGAAUCACAAGGCGUCCGUGGGCAACAAGUCUUUGUGAAGUCGUUUCCUCUUCAUCCUCCAUGUCAACAUUACAACAAUAAUUCCACUAAUUAGUUAAUUACUGGCAUAAUUAAAAUGCACUUUGAAACCCCAUCGACCGCCGACUAUCAAUCAACAUACUCUCCUCGACCAGACCUUUUCCAAAAUUCCAUAUAUUUCUGUACCAAGAAGAAGAUAAGCCAAGCCAAGCCACACGAUACGUUUCAAUCCAAUGAAAAAUUUCUAGUAAGAAUUAUUAGUUAAUUAAAAUGGUGCCGGAUGUUAAUUGUACUCGUGAAUGUAAUUAUUGGAAUGUAAUUAGUUUUUAAAAUUCAAGUCCAAAAAUUCUGUAAACUUGUGAAGGCAACUAAAUUAUUAUAUGUGUCAGAUUUGAUGAUUAUGAGAAUUUAAAUUAUAAAAUUCUAGUGAAAUUGACCAAAUUCGAAAUCUAAUUUGUUUUAAAUGUAAAUGUGUGCAUAAAUUAAUGUGUUCAAAAUAAGUAAUUCUGUUUUACUAAAUUUGGUGUGUAGUAAAUUGAGGCAAUUAACGCGGAUGAGGGUAACCCAGUAAAUUCUGUAAAUUUAUAAAUGUUCGCAAAAGUUUACAGCAAAAUCAGGUCUAAAAUCGAUUGUUAGCUUAUAAAGACCAUGACCGUGUUAUAUACAAGAUUAUAACGUAAUUUUACAAAAAGUAAACAAUUUACAGGGCUACGAACAUCCGAGUGUAUUGUUAAUUUAGAAAAAAAUUAUCCUAUUGAUUUGAAGAAAAAAGUCUACUUUUGUAUUUCCAAGUUAAUUAAUUAAUCUAUGUAGUUAAGUUAUUAUUAUUGUAAUUAUUAUUAGUCAAGUUAAUUAUUGUUAUCGAGUUAAUUAUUUAUGCGAAAUUUAUAAUUAAUUUGCGAAAUUUUGUAAAUUUCUUUAUAAUUUAAGUAAUUUUGGUUGAGACGCUCACAGCCAAUUUGGCGAUAUUUUUAGAAUAGGAUUUCAUCCGCGAAUUUAAGUAAGUCACUUUUUUGCAGCGUAUGUUUUUCGAAUUUUUUGUGUUUUUUUGGACGGCCUCAGCUUUUUACUGGUAUUAUUUUCAUAUCAUAAUUUAAAGUCUACUCAUCACAUUUAUUUAUUUAAUGGAUUUAAUUUAUAUGCACGACAUUGAUCGCGUUUAGGUGAUUAAUUAAGUAUCGAUGUCGUCUUUCAAGUUAAAUAGCUGCUUAAAUAUUAUUCAAUGUAAAAUUAAAGAUAAUUGUGUACAUUUAAAUUAUUGUUGUUGUACCGUAUUAAAAAUUGAGACCUUGUAAAAGUCAGUCGUUUAAAUUUAACUUUUUAGUUGGAGUGGGACGAAGGAAGGAGGCGAGAUUUUACAUUUUAUGCGAUUGGUAUGAUGAUAAGGUGAUGAAAGAUAAGCUAAUAAAAUUGAUGUAUACGUAUAAGUAAAA